AUGGAGGAGACUCAGAAUGAUCGUGGAGUUGGUUUUCGGUUUCGUCCAACAGAUCUGGGGUUGGUGAGGUUACAUCUUCGCAACAUGGUAGUCCAUGGGAAGAGCGGUUGCAUAACAACUUUGGAUGUGUACAAGGACGAGCCAUGGCUUCUUGAUCACGUAAACAACGAUCUCUUCUACGAAAACCAAUGGUACUACUUUGUUCCGAGACCUAACUUAGGAGGCAAGAAACCGAAGCGGACCGUACCAGGAAGAGGAGAAAGUGAAGGAGGCACAUGGAGAAGCGUUACUUCGAAAAAGGAGAUCGAUGACGAUAACAAGAAGGUGGAGGGUUACAUGCAGGGUUUCGUGUACACCAAGCAAGUGAACGGAAUUCCAGUGGGCACUAAUUGGCUCAUGACCGAAUAUUCCCUUCAUAAUGAUGUUCACGACGACUUGGUCUUGUGUUGGAUCCGAUACAAUACCGACAAGAAGCCCAAACCUGAAGUCGGUGAUCAGGCGCCUCGUUUGAGAAACAACGUCCAAGUGCGAGAAGAUGAAGAAGCUGAUUUAACCGGUUUCGCUAAUGUACUUGAGGAUAUGUUGGUAGAGGGAGAAGAGCAUGGUGACAUCACUCAGCAACAACAACAACAAGGUCAUGAUUCAGGGUACGAGACGCCGAUGAUGACGACGAAACAGAGCGACAACAACAACAUAACGAUGACGACACAGAGCGACGACAACAACAACAUGACGAUGACGACACAGAGCAACGAUAACAACAACAUGAAUCAGUGGGAUGAUUUUGGCUUCGAUGGCUACGAUAACAACAUGAAUCAGUGGGAUGAUUUUGACUUCGAUGGCUCGGAGAAUUUGAUGUUAAAUGUCGAUGAGCUCAUGGCUGUGGAAGGUGACGUCAGUUGCAAUUUCAAAUGA